AUGAAUUCCAUAGCGAUGGUGGAGGAGGCAACAAAAAAACCAACGGAAAUUAUGUCAGACGACGAAGAAGAUGUUCUCGUUUUGCAGGUUUGCGCCAAUAAACAAUGUUUGGGCAUUGAAGAUCUGGAGUUUGAUGAAGAAAGUGGAGAAAUGUAUUGUGUAAAUUGCCGUGAAAUGUAUGCCCGUGCAGAGAAGGAAGGUUUUCGUCUUCUCUUGAGUGUUGAUGAUAAACCUCUGGUAAAUAUGAUUUUUAACCGUUUUGGUGGAGAUAAGGGAUACUGGACUUAUGAAGAUUUUAAACGUUUUCAAAACAGUACUAGCCAUUCUAGUGAUACCGAUAUUGAUAGUCAUAUUGCACUUAGAGAGUUUUUUAAGGAGGAGUACGACAUCGAUAUUUCCCCUGGUGUAACGGGUGAAUACGUUGUAGAUCAAAGAAACCUUGAGGAUAUGUACGGUGGGUAUCUAUACAAUAAUAUAAAUGCACUCCACGCAGACUGUGAUGCGUUGGAAGAUGCUGGAAUGAUUAAUACGGCUGUUUUGGAGUAA